ACACUCCAUCGGGCAGUGCUUCGUGCGGACGGUCGCGAGCCUCUUUUAUAUCAUUUACGCUCUCUUGUGUGAUGGAUGACCCCGCCAUUCGUGCCUUCUCUUCUCCUUCUCUGGUUUGACAUCAGGCUGUUGGGAGCAGAGAGGAGUCCUUUCUUCUACGGAUGUGUAGGCGCAAGCUCCAAGGAACCUUCUGUAGGCCUAGGUGAUGUUUUACCCGGGGGCUGCCUCUCCCUGUCCAGAAGAACAAGAGGGCUGGUCGCAUUCCAUUCCGGAAGAUUACAGAUUAGGCAGCGACCGUCAACGUCACAUUUUAAGAGAGUCGAUUUCAGCACCAGGCGGACCUUUCUCUCAGUCACAUCAUGAUUUCAGCGGGGACAAUGUGGCUGGCCGGUUCUGUUCCAGUCUGUGGAAUGCAAACCAAGACCAACCUACGGACUUCCACGUAGGGAGCAGUGGCACUUUCCCCGUGGCACUGUGCCCUCCAGAGGCAGAGAGCCACCACACACCCACGCUUCACCCUGAGGCCCAUCCGCCAAGUCUUGCCUCCGAGUCCUCGCAGCAUAACUCAUCUUUCACAAAUACCCAAGUGAACCACAUCAAAUCAUCGCCUCUAUCAGACCACGGAUCUCUGAUGGAUGACCCCAUGACUCAGAACACCCAGGUGACGCCGGCAGUGGACAACGUCGGCCAUAAUAUGCCGCCCAUUUUACAGCAGCACGCUCAUCCGCACAUCCAUCAUCAUCAUCACCAUCAUCAUCCACAUCAUCCGCAACCACAGCCGCGCAGCAGCAGCAACAGCAUUCCCAUAUACAGUCGCCACAGCAACAGCACCAGGGAACCAUUUUACCCACAGAGGCUCCAGAGGAACCGGCGCUCCAGCCCGAUUCUACGCAGCCCAGAUUGGACGAAAGUUCGGGAGAAGAAGAAAACCACGAGGCUGGUGAAGACAGCGCCGCUGAAACGGGAGGCAAGAAGAGGAAGAGGCGGAUAUUAUUCAGCAAAGCCCAGACGUACGAGCUGGAGAGGAGAUUUCGUCAGCAGCGCUACCUGUCCGCCCCCGAGAGGGAACACCUCGCAAGUCUGAUCAACCUCACGCCUACGCAGGUAAAAAUCUGGUUUCAAAACCACCGCUACAAAACGAAAAAGCAACGAACCGACCGGGGCAUGGACCUGGCGCCUCUGGCAUCUCCGCGCCGCGUCCCGGUCCCCGUACUCGUACGAGACGGAAAGCCCGUUCCGACGC